AUGUUGUUGCCAUUUCCUAUCUUUCUUUCUUUCUUUCUUUCUUUCUUUCUUUCUUUCUUUCUUUCCCCUUUAGGUGUUUCCUUAUUUCCUUUUUCUUGCUUUCAGAUGUUGUUCCCAUUGCCUGUGUGUCUUUCUUUCUUUCACAAUAUAUUCAUUUUUCCGUCAGGUGUUGUUGCCAUUUCCUAUCUUUCUUUCUUUCUUUCUUUCUUUCUUUCUUUCUUUCUUUCUUUCUCGGCAUCUGUCUUUCUCUCUUUCUUUAUCCGUCUGUUCAUUUCCUUCUUUCUUUCUUUCUUUCUUUCUUUCUUUCUUUCUUUCUGGGCAUAUUCAUGCUUUCCGAACGAUGUGUCCAUAGUCUUUCGUUAUUUCUUUUUUCUUCAUGAAGAUAUUCAUUUUCUCUUUCUAACAGGCAUUUACCCUAAUAAUUAUCAUUCUUUCUUUCUUUCUUUCUUUCUUUCUUUCUUUCUUUCUUUCUUUCCCCUUUAG